CUCCCCAAAUUUCUCCUUACACUUCAGUGAGCCAAGCAGCAGAGCAACGCAGAGCAAGCCUUUGUUAACCCUUUCACGUCUCACCUCUGGUUAAACCGGGGAGGUGCCAGAAAAUGGCACCUUUAACUGAAAAGCCUGAUCCAAGGGAAAACCAGAAUCUGGAAGUGGAAAAAGCCAAUCCCUCAUCUACAAUGAGCUCUGAACACGAAGAAGUCGGUGUUGUGAAAACAGUCAUUAAUGGGCUCAUCACAAGCAGCAAUGGACAAGAGAAAGCUGUUGACGUUCCUUUAUCUGCACGCUCUAUUUCUGCUGUUAAAAUAAUACCUGUGAAGAAACUGAAAAGUUCUCCUGACCUAGUGCUGCCUACAGACACGGACCCUGCUAAAAUCUGUAGCGGAAAAGGAGCUGUGACUUUACGGGCAUCUCCAGCCUAUGAGGAAAGUCAGACUAUCUGUUCCCCAUGUUCUCAAGAUGUCCAGCAAUCUGAAAAUGAAUGGAGGUUAUCAUCUAAUGUGGAUUCCAAUGGCGAUUCCCUACCAUCUUCUCUGGCUGCCAAGGGUUUUAGAAGUGUGCGUCCGAACCUCUCCUCAGAGGGCAAAUCACAGCCCCUUUCUCCUCCCCGUCCUCCUCUUCCAAAAGAGGAAAGCUUUGCAUGGCGUCCUUGCACUGACACUAAAGUAACCAACCUGUUGCCAGUGCCCGUCAUGGAUUGUGUGUACCUGAAUGCACCCAAGCCUUACACACAGUGUGCAUCACCGAGUACCAGUAGGAAGUAUUACACCUCGUCACCUACACCUUUUGGGACAAUCCCCAGUGGGAAGCAAGGCUUUCCAGCUGGGCAUCCCCCCCAGUCAAUUGGUUUGACCCCCAAGGAUGCAAUGCAUGCUGGUCAGUCACUUUUGGGAAGUAGCUGCUUGUUAUCAGGCACAUCAUCCAAACAACAAAGCACUGCCAGGGCAGAUCCCAGUAGUACAGCUGGAAUGAAUUCCAGUCAUGAGACGAAAGCAAAUAAAAAGGUCAGCAGUCUAUAUGUAGCUUGUUUAUCUAACAGCACUUGCUCGGUCGCAUCUGAAAAUCCCACCAGCAUUGCACAUGACCAAACAGACAGCACCGGUUUGGGAGCUGAGGUCACUCGAGCACUAGUCACCAACAUUGUUUCCUCUGUAACAGAUACUGGAAAAUCUCUUCCUCCUCCUCCUCCUCCUCCUCCUCCUAUCCCUCCCAGGCCGUACUUUAACAUUGUCCUCAGUAAAGACGCAGUUAGCUAUGGUGCAAGCCAUCCCUUCAGAACUCAAUUACCACCUCCUCAAACUGUGAGGGAAGGAGUGAUAGAGUCCCAGAAUACGGCUGGCAGUGAAAACAGGAUGAGAAAAGAGCUGUACCUUACACCACAACAACAGCAGCAGCAGCAACAAUACAAGGCGAAGGGACGCAAAAUGGAUGCAUUUGGCAUUACCACAGCUCAGCCUGGGGUUAUAGUAGUCCCACUCCUCCAGGUUAAUACAGACAGAGAGCAAGAAGGCAGCUCCAGCACUCCACCACCACCUCUGGUACCUUUUGGGCAAGGCACCAUCUUCCCUGAGACCGUUCCUCCUGGCUCACCUCUGACUUUUCCGACACUAGAUGAUUUCAUUCCCCCUCACCUGCAGAGGGGCCCCCACCAUCACCAACCACCCACUUCAUCUGGCAUCUUGCCCCCAGUUUGCCCGAAACUGCCAUCAUUCUCACCACCACCUCCAUUGGUCCCUCCAGUCACAGAGGCUUUGCACAGAGGCUUGGAGCCUGAAAUCACUGGAGUCACUUCACAUACAGACCCAGGUCCUGUGCUAAAUGAAGUUUCCCAACCUAGUUUUGGCAGUGAACACCAAAGCUCUUUAACAUCAAUCAGCAAGCCUUCCUCUGUGUAUCCUUCCACUACCAUUGUCAAUCCUACCAUCGUCCUCUUGCAGCACAACAGAGAACAGCAAAAAAGGCUUAGUAGCCUGGCAGAUCCUGUACCAGUCAGAUCAGUUGCUGAUAAAGUAGACUCUGUGCCAAUACAGGAAAAGCCAGUGCAGGACAUCACUCAAAGUGAGAAACCAGCAAUGGAGGAGAAAAGACGAGUUGUUAGCGGCCCUCGGUAUGUGGCCGAUGCCUCUGUGGAUGAUAUAGGCAUUCCUCUAAGGAACACAGACAGAUCAAAGGAUUGGUACAAGACAAUGUUCAAACAGAUUCACAAGCUAACAAAAGACACUCCUGAAGAAAACCCUUAUUGCCCUACCUACAAAUUUCCUGAACUUCCUGAAUUCCAGCAAAAACCCGAAGAAGACAAUCCUUAUUCUCCUACAUACCAGUUUCCUGCGUCUACUCCUAGCCCUAAAUCUGAAGAUGAAGAUUCUGAUUCAUCCUAUCCUCAUUUUUCGUAUUCUGAAGAUACAAGAACCCAACCCUCAGUGCCUCGGUCUAAAAGUGCUAUGGACAGCAUUGACACUGAGAAGGUCAUUAGGAGAUCUGCUACUCUGCCAUUGCCAACUCGCACAUCGUCGUUGAAAUCCAGCCUUGAAAGGAAUGAUUGGGAGCCCCCUGACAAGAAGGUGGAUACUAGAAAGUACCGGGCAGAGCCCAAGAGCAUUUACGACUAUCAACCAGGAAAGUCCUCAGUCUUGAACAACGAAAAGAUGACUCGGGAUAUAAGCCCAGAAGAGAUAGAUUUAAAGAAUGAACCUUGGUAUAAAUUCUUUUCGGAAUUGGAGUUUGGGAAACCGCCUCCAAAAAAGAUAUGGGAUUAUACUCCUGGAGAUUGCUCUAUCCUUACUAGAGAGGAUAGAAAGACUGAUCUAGAAAAAGACCUCUACCUCUACCAGACUGAGUUAGAGGCAGAUUUAGAAAAAAUGGAGAAGCUUUAUAAAACGCCAGAUAAAAAGCCACAGAAGAGUACAGCAAGCACCACUCCUCUGGAAACUUCCACAGACCAUUCAUCCUACUCAGCCUAUUCUCCCAACUACUAUGCAGUAAGGCGAGAUCUCGAAUCAGCACCGGGGGACCCUGCUGGCUUGGACAAUGAAAGGCAGAUUUAUAAGAGCGUGCUGGAAGGUGGAGAUAUCCCGCUACAGGGGUUAAGCGGUCUCAAGCGCCCAUCUAGCUCUGCUUCCACUAAAGUAGAUUCAGAAUCACCAAGACAUUUUGUACCAGUUGAUUACAUGGAAGCUCCAGAAGAAAUUCUCCGCCGACGUCACGAUGACAAAGAGAAACUUUUAGAGGACCAGAGACGACUUAAACGUGAGCAAGAAGAAGCUGAUAUUGCAGCUAGAAGGCACACGGGGGUUAUUCCAACGCACCAUCAGUUUAUCACUAAUGAGAGAUUUGGGGACCUCCUAAAUGUAGACGAUACAGCAAAGAGGAAAUCUGGGUCAGAGAUGAGACCUGCUAGAGCCAAGUUUGACUUUAAAGCACAGACAUUAAAGGAACUUCCACUGCAGAAAGGAGAUAUAGUUUACAUAUACAAGCAGAUUGACCAGAACUGGUAUGAAGGAGAACACCAUGGCAGAGUUGGCAUCUUCCCACGGUCAUACAUAGAGUUACUCCCACCAGCUGAAAAAGCCCAGCCGAAAAAGAUGUCACCAUUACAAGUAUUAGAAUAUGGAGAUGCUGUUGCUAAAUUUAACUUCAAUGGAGAUACUCAAGUAGAAAUGUCAUUCAGAAAGGGAGAAAGGAUCACAUUGAUUCGACGAGUUGAUGAGAACUGGUAUGAAGGAAAAAUUUCUGGCACUGGUCGCCAAGGCAUCUUUCCUGUCACAUAUGUGGAAGUGCUCAAACGUCCAGUGGUGAAGAAUGCCAUUGAUUAUGCUGACCCACUGAUGUCCCACUCCCCUAAUCGCAGUAUGUCAGCAUCCCCUCAGUUUCACAGCUCUGAGCUGCUGCACACACCAACUCCUCCGCCUUUGCCUUUCCCACGCCACGCCUUGUCUCCAGAGGUGCAGGCAGUCACAUCCGAGUGGAUUUCCCUGACCGUAGGAGUGUCUCCUAGCAGCACUCCUGCCAUAACCCCUCCAUUGCCUCCUCUGCCUGAAGCCUGCCUCAGUCACAUUGACUGUCGCACUCCUUCUGCAUUGUCCAGCCCUUCCCCCUCAGUCAGUCUUCACCAUUCUAAUCUCUCCGGCUCCUCAACUCCCAGGUCCAUCAUAUCUCCAUUGCCAUCUUACCCGUCCAGACCGCAGUCUUCUGCUCGCAGCUUCAAUCAUGCCACUCCGCAAAGUGAAGAAAAAUUUGUUGGCUCCCCUUCUCCAAACAUGAAUAACUGUAACUCCCCUAGUGCCACUGUUGAGAGCCCCAAUAGUUUCCUGUCAGAGCUCAGUGGUGUCAUUGGCAACCAAGCCAAGCUGCAAAAGAAUAGAGAAGGCUUCAGCAGCAGUGAAAGGGAGGAACAGAAGGAGCCAGACAGACGCUCCAGUGCCCCUCACAAAAUCUCUCUUCAGGGGUGUCUGAAACCCUCAAAGUUAGAUAUGUUCAUGAGCCCUGAGAAGAGGCCCCCUGGUUCCUUUGAGGAGAGCCAGUCAUGUCAGGAUCUAAUGGCUAUUGUGCAGGGAAAUAACACUGAGAAAAGAAGUGUGAGGAAAGGUGGUGAAAUGAGAGAGAUGAAAAGCGGGGUAAAAAAGACUGCUGACACAAACGCAUUCUCUUCGUCUGCUUCUCUCUCUUCCUCUGCCCUCUCUUCCUCUGCUGUCCCAACACAACCACCUCCCAGACUUGCACGCAGGGUCAAUAAACCACAGCCAAGCUACAGGAGUUCUCCGCACCAUGUGAACUAACCCUGCUAGGAGGUCACAGCAUUGGCUGUGUGAAAUGUGAUUAAAGCAACAAGAUCCAGUCUACCAUGCUGCAACAUGGAGCCCAUCUGACAUACAGCGCUACGGGAGAAACAAAGUGAACGCUCAUUGUAGAUAAGGGGGAAGAGUAGGUAGGAAUCGGAAGCUGUUUUACAAAAAACAUCAGGAGCUGCUAAUGGAUUUGGAUGAGCAGCAAAGGCCCUGGGGUAGGACUCGAGAGUGGCUUCCAGUCCUGGCUCUGCUACUGACUUUCCAUGUGAUCUGGGACCUUUCAUCCUCUUCAACAAGUCAGAUUUCAGUAUUUACCUCUAAUCUGCCUCAUGAGAUGAGCCAGUUUCUCCUUAAGGUAAAUUCAAAUCAGUCCAAUAAGUCCUACUCUGGGAGUGGGGAGGCACCUUUGUGUGUGAAUGGAAUCUAGUGCAAGGGAGUUGUUCACUUCAGCAGAACGAAGACAGAGCCGUAGAACAAGCUGCACACUGAUUGAGCGCUGAGCCCCGACAGGCCUCAGAACAAUGCCCUUAGGUUUUAUUUGUAACCUACUAACACAUCUGCUCUAGGAUUUGUUUCCCCUAGAUUUCCCUCUCUUCCUGAUAACCACUGACAAUGGCAGCAGGGGAAAUUAGUGCAGGCAAGUCUCCUCAUGACCCCUAGACAGUGCAUGAUCUAAUCCAGUGCAUCAGUCUUUUAGAGUACCAGCUGGAUGCUUGUGACCCAGUUGCGCCCUCACUGCAGGCCACCACUUCCCUCUUGUAAGGGAGGGAGGAAGGAUGGGAGGUGGCUGCCAAUGUGAGAGGGAUGGGGAGGAGGGGGGAGAAAGCACCUGUCAUAGGGGAGCAGAGAAGGGAGAAAGAAGGGAGGGAAUAAGCAGUGUAUGUCCCUGUCUUAGAGGAGAGAGUGCAGGAAAGGCCACAGGGAAGGGAAAACUCUGGGCCAGGCUCCUUGUCACUGAUCACCUUGUGCUGUGGGCUGUGUUCAGUCACUUCAGAGACUGGUUUUGGCCCAUAUGCCAUAGGCUGAGCUCCAUUGAUGUAAUCCCUGCUCAGAGCAGGACUACACAACAUUGUAAUGACAUUGCCAGCAGCUGCCAUUCCAAGGUCACAUGUAAAGGUAGAGGGAAAAGUUCUACCAUAGAUGAAGUUGUAGGGCCUGGUCCAAACCCUGUGGAAGCUGUUCCAUUGACUUUAAAAGGCCUUUGAGUGGGCCUUGUCCUUCACUGCUUUGCACUCUUUUCAGCAUCCUUUGUGAGAUGAGUUGUGUAGUCUGCUUUCCAGGAGGGGUGGUAUUUGUCCAGUUUGUUGGGUUUUUUUUCCCUCCACUUCAUUGCUGACUUAGAGGAUUCACCUCUACAUUCAUGACUGUCCAUUUGCAUUUAGCUGUAUCAUUGCUGAUGUGCUGUUUUGUUUGGAAUGAUACCAGAUAUCUGUCUGUCUGUUUUGCUAAAACACUGUCCUUUGCUCGUGCAGUUCAUUAACUCCCACCUGUAAGGAAAGGGGAGGAAGCUGGAAAAAAAUCUUUUGUUUAGGAAGCAAAUUUUUUGUUAAUUAAGAAUUCUGAGGUUAACUAACUUUAGGGGGAGCAGAGAUAGGUUAUUGCAAACCCCACCCAUAGUCUUUUUUUCUAACAAGAAAAAUUUAACUCAGUGCAUACCCAGACUAAUAUUGCAAACCUUCCUCUCCCCCACUCUCACCCUCUGGCAUGAUGACAGAGCUGUAAAAUUACUUGUAUCUGGGCCUCCAACUGUACACAGUGUGGGGAACAAAGGCAGGCAGCAUCCAUUAAAUUAAUUAGGCAAUGUUUGGAUUGUGCUUUGAAGAGGGGAGGAAGUUGCUAAGCAAAGUCGUGAUUCAGCAAAGCACUGAGGUCCACCCUUAACUUUAAGCAUGUACUUAAAUUUAUCCCUGUCCACAAUGGCAUGAAAUGCUGUUAAGUUAGUGGUUACUUAGGUGCUUUGUUGACCUGGGGAUUGAGCACUUAGCAUCAGGGCUGUGCGAAGCUUCAGUCGCUGAUUUGAUUCGUUGGAGAUUCGGCCCAAUUUUGGUGGUCAAAUCCAAAUCGGGAGACGCUUUAAUCUCUCCAAAUCGAAUCGGAACCCUCAAAUCGAUUUGGAGAGAUUUGCUGAUUCGGACGGACACAGCUUUAAAUGUUUUUUCUACAUACCUCAAGGUACCAAGUGGCUUGUGAAUG